CUAGGCAACGUACUCGUCACCGUUACAGUCAGCAAGCGGACACCUUCCAACAUGCCAUGCGCAUACUGUUGCUCAGGAAGAUCUUCAGUCAGUAAAAAUUUACCACGUGUAGAUAAUGGCUCGACGUCACACGCUAGAACUGGGACCAAAUCUACAACCGCUGACCUUAGAUUUGUUGAAAACGAAGGCUCAUCUGAGAUUAAGCACCGGGUAAGGGUCUGUUUAAACAAUACAUAUCCUUAUUAUUUUGAUUUUGAAAAUAAUUUAUUUCAAGCCAAUCAGAAUCCUUUGAGUUCAGUCGUGACCAAUCAGAAUUCAACUAACCAGAUCUGGGUGGCGCUACUGGGGGUCGACAAGCAAUGCCACGAAUCAGUUUCACAGACUGUAUUACAGCAUAGUAGUCUGGACACAGGCCAACCAAAUCCUGGCUUUGCAGUAAAGUCUAUUCCAUUGCGUAGCACUUUUAUGUCUAACCUUUAUCUUUUAGGCUUCGUUUCAUAAAGAAACCAUAACUCAUCAAGAAAUGCCAGUCGACAAGCCGUCGAAAACCUCCACUCCACAGCAAUCAACCUCAAAAACUAGCACAAACGUAAUUGGUCCUCCCACAGCAGAACCGCAAACCACCAGUACUGAAAGCUCACAAGAACAAUCACGUGACUCGACAAAUCAAUGCAGUUGCGUAUGUCAGGGUUGGGCAGAGUUCUUGGUUCGAAGGCCCACCGGAAACACGUCAUGGUUAUUAAGGUUACAAAAUCGUCCCAAACUGAACGGAAGUUUCAGGGAAACUCCGCGACCUCUGGUGGGGCAAACGGCGCCACAGAUUUACGAAAGCUUGAUCCCGAAACAAUUCUUUGGUAAAUAA